CGAAGAAGAAGAAACCCUCCAGCAGAAAGGAAAACAAGUAACACGCGUAUCAUUUCAACUCAAAUGAACAAUUAUGUUCUGACUUGUAUACGCGGUUGUGUGACCGCCUGUGAUAAACAGUUUACUGAACUUGUAUCGCAGUAGCAUACAUUGCAUAUUGUAUUAUUUCGACGGCCGUUUUUGACAAUUCAGGACCAGAGAUGCAUAAAAACAAAUGUGUUGUGUCGGCGGGCCGUGCAGUCCUGGAGAUGAUGCAGUACGACUGGGAACCUCUUUCACAUUGUGAGCUGGACCAACGUCUGGAUAAAGCAGUCGAGGAGAUACUAGAGGCCGAGUUGAUGUCUCAAGCCCAAGCUCAAACCCAGGCCCAGCCCAGCCCCCUGAUCUUGCAAGUUGCCCAGGUGGAGGAACCUGCGUGGAGUCUUCAGGUACACGCACAAGAUGCGGCACCUUCUCAAGUGGUAUUUCAUUUGUCAGAUGCUAUUGCCAUUUUGCCUGAUCCCGACCACGAGAUACAGAGACAGUCCGCAGAGAAAGCAGAGGAAAAUCCAGCAGUUCAGCGCAUCAUUGAGCUCCUGAAGAACGCCAGCAGCUAUAAUCGCAGACGACUUGCAGGGAGAGCGCGCUUGUCACUGUCCCACACCGUCCUCCUCUCUCUCACGCUGCUAUCCAAGCGUCGCAGUUAUCGGUCUGUGUCUACCAGUUUCCGCCUGGAGAAAGGCAACAUCCAUCGCAUAUUCUCAUCCUUCUGCCAACGCCUCAAUGCUCUCGAAGAACAACAGAUACGCUGGCCAGAUGGGCAAGAGAUAACUGAUAAUCUGCUGCCCUUCUCAAGUCUGCUGGGGAUGCACGACGCCGAGGAGCAAAGUGUCCUCCCGAAGGUGUUAGGAGUUCUCGGUCACACGCGUAUCCCCAUUCGGCUGCCCAUUCCCAAACAGGACUUGGAGAACGAAGAACUGGACCUCAGUCACCUGACCAAGGAGGCCCAUCCGGACUCUUGGCUGAACCUGGAGCUGGCAUGUGACAGCCAGGGACGCUUCAUCCACUGCCACAUCAGCCGAGGCUCAGAGCAAGGGUGGGCAGGGGACCUAAGCAGUAAGAUCAAGAGGAACCCCGGCAUGGUGCCACCAGGCUGCUGCCUGGUUGCAGGCUCUGGAUACCCCUUGACAGAAGAGAUCCUCACCCCUUACCCAGCAGGCCAAGGAGGAGGACCCAGGGAGAACCUCUUCAAUAGAACACUGGAGAGUCAUUUGUGUCGACUAGACCAGGCAGUGGAAGACCUGAAGAUGAAAUUUCAAAGACUCAAGUACCUCGACAUUGGGAACUUUGAAAAAGCUAAAGAGGUGGUGUUAAGCGCUUGCAUUUUGCGCAAUGUGUUUUUGGACAUGGGGGACCUUGGCAGCAGAGGCCAGCCAGGGAGAGGCGGACAGAGAGAACUGGAGCGAGAAGGGGACAACGGUGAGGGGGGCUUGAAAUGGAGAGAUACCGUUGCUCAACAGUUGUACAGUGCCUUGGACUCGUAAAGCAUGUGAAGGGAGUCUGAACUCCCUGCAAUGAUUGUAGCCUUGUUUGUUUCUGCCUUUUUUUUUAAAGAAUACCCAAGCCCAAUAUCACUUUUUAAAUAUUAAUUCCUGUGAGUGACAACUGACAAUACCUCAUUUCAGAGUUGUUUGGUUAAUGGUGCUGGGGUGAUGGUUUAAGAAUUCAAGCAGCUGAUAACCACUGCAUCCUGUUUUGUUUUUGUUUUGAUCACAGUUCAUGCCCAAAAAUACCCAGACUCAGUUUUCAAGAAAUAAAUGUAUUUAUUUUUUUAUGAACAAUGGGGGUCUUUGAUUAAUAUACAAACACUUGUGUGCAAGACUCUGUGACCCAUGGAACUCCUUAAAAAAACAUCAGAUAGCCCAUCAGAGAGACCCAGUGGAAUACACAUAGUUUCAGCUUCAUUAAUGUAUACUAAUACUUACAACACUGUAUACAUGGGUUCACCGUUAGUAAACAAUGUGUGCACCCCUGACCGUGCACUGUUCAACCUCUGAGUGUUGGAAACUGCUGUCGGUCAAAAAAAAUGAGUUCACAUGGUUGGCUGUUAAGCAUCUUGCCCAUCCUCACAAUGUUUGUAAACGAAAAACCUAUGUAUACAGAUACAUGACAAGUAAAGUAUGUAUAAUCUCACUGUCAAUCUGUCUGCAGCUUUUGACAUGUGAUAUCCUGAAAUAUUACCUAUAAAAAGCCAAAAGUAAAGCA